GUCGUUGUUCGUCUGUACACUCUGUGGCUCUCUCGUCUUCCACACCAUCGCGUUCAACAGCCACAAGCUUUUCCAAAUCCCGACAAAAACCCUGAAUUCUUAUCAGACAAAUAGAAAAUACCGGGAACACAAUCUCCUCCGUUGUCUUUCUCCCUUGUCGAAUCUGUUUUUUUUUUUCUUGUUUUCGUUUCGGUGUUUUGUCUCCGCUUCUAAUGGCUGGUUUAAAGGGAGUAAUGGAGUCUGAGAGGCCUCGUGCUUCCAUUUCCGCGUCCGGACCAUACGUUUACGGGCGCACUCUCUCUCGUUUGUCUUCCGCAGGUGCCGUCCCUAUUCGUGCGCCUGUCACCAUUGAUGACGAUGGUGCGACUGACGAAGACGACGGUUCCGGUUCUGAAACCGACGUUCAAAAUUCAUCAAGUAGUGAAGCUAGUAGUUACAGUAGGGGGAUGGAUUCUGGGACAUACGAAGAAUCUGAGUCUGGUUCAUCUGACCCAGACGACGAAACGGCGGAAGACGCCGAUUUUGGCGGGAUUAGGGUUCAUAGGCCGAUUAAGGAAGUCCCAGAUGUGGAAACUGGAGAAAGUAGUGAUUUUUCAGGUAGAAGUAGGGUUUACACGCCAGUUGUAGGAGAACGGGACAAGGAAAUUUCUGUAACUUACUCUUCUUUUGGCGGGGAAGAUAGUGAGAGCGAUAAUGAGGUUGACGGAGUUCGUGAGAGCGAAAUUGGUUGUGAAGCUGCUAAAGGAGUGAGCUUGAGUGCAAGAAUAGUCAUUCCUCGUGCCAGGUUGUCUUUGGAUGAUGACGAUGUUGAUGAAAUAUUGAGUAGUGAAGAUGAAGAUCAUGGAUUACCUCUGGCAAAGGUUCCAAGCUAUCCAGGAGAAAAAGUAGAAGACUGGCCACUGACAUUAGGAGAAAUGAGAGUUAUCAAUGAGCCGAACUGCUCAGAUUCCACAACAGGUGAAUUCAGUUCCGUGGAGGAAGAAAUGAUGGGGCCAAGCUAUUCCGAUAAUGGUUCGGUAUCCUUUGGGAAUAUCGAAGAGAAAAGUGGUGAAGUUGCACCAGAAGAAAGUGAUGAGUUGCCAGUAGAAAGCAAAGAAAACUUUGUUGAGGCAGGUAAUGGAAAAGAUGAAACUUUCAAUAUGCCCGAUGAACAAGUAGCCAUUCAGGGAAGUAUCAUCAAGGAUAAUGGUCAGAUAACUGACGGUGGUAGUAGUGAAGCAGAUACUUUGAUGAUUUCAGUUGACGGGUCUGCUGGACUAGGGAGUGGAGAACUGGGAAGUGAAGAUGCUGUAAAUAUGGUUGGGCAGGCGAAAGAUUGGCAGGAAAAUGAUCAUGGUGUUGUUAGUGGAAUAGAAAGACCAGAAUGUGAAGCUGAAUCUGAGUGUGAAGCUACUCAAUGUUCUGUAAAUAUGGCAAACCAUGAGGUCACUGGAGGAGCAAGUGUCUUUUCAAUUGAUUCAGACUCUACAGACCCAAAAUUUGAAUCGGAAUCUGAAAAGGAAGGGAAACAAGAUUCGGAUGAGGCUGAGAGAAAGUUGUUGCCUUUCAACGAAAGUGUCAGUGGAUCAAACUCUGGAACUUCCAUAGAAAUAGCCAAUGAGGCUGCAGACAAUGGCGAACAUAGCUCAGCGGAGAUCGAUACUCGGGUGGCAUUGGAGUCUGAUAGUGAAGUGAACCAAAUCUCGGUGAAGGUAGAGGAGAGUUCUUUGGAUUUCGAUAAAGAUGCUGAGUUUACUCUUUCUGGAAAUUGUUCUGUAAUCACUGAUGAAGAAAUGGAGAACGAAACACAAAUAGAACAACUGAUUCGUGUUCAAGGUCUGGAGGAGUUUGAUGAGUUUGCGGAAACUAAUGAUAGAAGAGAGGAACCAUUGCUUUCUUCUACUCUGCUAAGCGGCUCUGAAGAAUCAUACCCGGAGCAUUUUACCUGGCAGAUAAGGAAGGAAGAAAAGGAAAGGAUAGAGAAUAUGGAGAUUUUGAAAACAAAUCUCCUGAGAAUUAUUAGAAGAUUAGGUCUUUCAUCUGAUGAUACAGUUGUUACUGAAGUUUUGUGUAAACGGACUUUAGCUUCUGGAGAAUACCGAACUUCUCAAGGGUUUUAUUCCGAGUUUGAUGUAAUGAAGACUAUGCAACUUGAAGAAGAGGGUCCCGAUGAUAUGGAUUUAUCCAUUAAUGUCCUCGUUCUCGGGAAAACAGGGGUCGGUAAAAGUGCUACGAUUAAUUCUGUUCUUGGUGAGGCUAAAUCUCCGGUUGGUGCAUUUGGACUUACCACAAAGUCUGCAAAAUACAUAGUUGGUAAAGUCGGAGGUGUCCAGGUCAGAUUUCUUGAUACUCCUGGCCUAAGUUUAUCUGCAACCGAAGAACGGGUUAACCGGGAGAUACUGCUGUCUGUAAAAAAGCAUAUGAGAACAUUCCCUGUCGAUAUUGUCCUUUACAUCGACCGUCUAGAUGAGCAUUCAGGAAACACUGGCGACAUCCAACUGCUUAGAACUAUUACCAGUUGUUUGGGACCAUCGAUAUGGCAAAAUGCCAUUGUUGUUCUUACCCAUGCAGCUUCCACUGUUUCCGAUUCUUCGAGUUACAAAGAUUUCGUUUCUCAUAGAAGUUUUCUCCUGUGUCAGUCAAUCAGACAAGCAGUUCCAGAACUGGGCUAUACCGAUGCUAGCAUGAUGCCGAAAGUUGUUUUGGCUGACAACAAGGAAGUUUUCCCAGAGACCAGAACCGGCGAAUUCACGUCCCAGAUCUGGAGAUCGCAGUUACUGCUCUUAUGUUGCUCAGCUAAGAUCAUGGCAGACGCAAGUUGCUUUCAAAAGAACGGAACCCUGAUGGAAAAAUCGGAUCUUUUUCCUUCCCCACUUCAGUCUUUCACUCUUUUCUGCUCCUUGUGGAAUAUGUUGCUUUCUGGAGCUGAUCCAAGGCAAGUUUCUUGUUUACACGAUGAUUUGGAAAGGGAGAUAGGGCAUUUCCUGGAUUCUCAGGUGGAAACCGAAUGGAAUGAGCAGAGUAAAGCUUCUCAUGAUCUACAAACAUUCCUCGUGGACAAACAACCAGACGACGAGGAGAAAAGAGCCGAAAAUGGAGAAAUCAACAAGGGUUUUGAAGUCAGAGCAGCUCAUAAUCGUGUCGGAUCACGAAGAAGAAGACUUGGGUUCCAAGUAAAACCAGGUUCUGAUGGGUUUGGCGUCAUUGGCUUAUCUGAUCUGAAAGCAGGGUUUUUCGCCAGCAGUGGCAGAGGUUCUAGAACGUUGUUCAGUGUCGAAACCGAUGAAGAAUGCGAAGGAAGGAUUCUGGUGAAGAUGAGAGGCUCAAUGGCAGUUCUGGGUGUUGUUCCUCUGUUGAUGUCUUUGUUCAAUUGUGUUUAUACUAGAAAAUAAGCAGACAGAAGUGUUCGGAUUGUUAAGUGAUCUGUUUGCUUUUGUUUUCUGUAGUUUACGUAUGUUUGUGUCA